AAAUUUCCAAGUAGAGUAACUGUGAUUCCGCCAUUGGAGGCAAAUGGUCAAUUGGAAAGGUAGGCGAGUGAGUGAGGUGGUAGCAUGACUCGGUCUCCAGUUCGUAAUUUCAUUCUCUACGCAGAGGCAAAGGGACGUAAGACGCCAUCGACCUCAACAUCUCUUCGAUCGCUUUCCUUGAUCAGACGACGUACGGCGAAUUAAAGGAAAGUUCGAUCAGAAGAAUUAAUUAUGUGGGUAUUUUACCUGAUAUCGUUACCCCUGACGAUGGGGAUGGUGGGGGUAACGCUUUGGUACUUCGCCGGACCAGACGUACCUCGUUACGUACGUUACACCGUGGGAUACACCUGGUUCUGCUCUCUCUCUAUCAUCAUCCUUGUUCCCGCUGAUAUCUGGACUACAUUAUCGAAUCAUGAUAAGGGACAAAUCUCUUUCUUUUGGAGCUGGUCUUAUUGGAGUACAUUUUUACUCACUUGGGCUGUGGUGCCUAUAAUUCAGGGUUAUGAAGAUGCAGGGGACUUCACUAUAACUGAAAGGCUGAAGACUAGUGCACAUGCAAACUUAGUUUACUACUUAUGUGUUGGUGCUAUCGGGCUUUUCGGACUUCUCUUGCUCAUCGUUGUUCAAGAAUACCGGAUAGGAAACAUUCCUGGUUUUGCUAUGGCUUGCUCCAAUACAUUUGGUCUUGUGACUGGUGCAUUUCUCCUUGGCUUUGGUCUAAGUGAAAUUCCAAAGGGCAUCUGGAGAAGUGCAGAUUGGACAACUCACCAAAAGAUUCUCUCACAUAAGGUGGCGAAAAUGGCCGUCAAACUUGAUGAUGCUCAUCAGGAAUUUUCAAAUGCUAUAGUAGUUGCCCAAGCCACGUCAAAACAGAUGUCAAAGCGUGAUCCUUUGAGACCUUACAUGAAUGUCAUAGACAAGAUGCUGAUUCAGAUGCUUAGCGAAGAUCCCUCUUUUAAACCACAAGGUGGAAAUUUAGGAGAAAAUGAUAUGGAUUAUGACACUGAUGCUAAAACAAUGGCUGCACUUAGACGUCAACUCAAGAUAGCUCGAGAGAAAUACUGCCGAUACAGAAGGAAUCCAUUCUGCACCGGUGGAAAACUAGCCCAAGAAAAUUCUCUUAUACUUUAUGACUGCAAGAACCAUGUUAGAGCCCUGCGAGUAUAUGAAUUUUGUAACUCAAGCGCUUGAGCUGGAAGAUACCAUAAAGAACUUUGAGCACCGAAGUGGCACUGGAUGGAAAUAUAUAUCAAGCUUCCGGCCUGAAAGAGGUGGAAGUUUAGGGUCUAUGCUGGACAAAAUAG